AUGAAGUCUGAUUUUAAGUUUUCCAAUCUUUUGGGAACUGUUUAUAGGCAAGGUAACGUCUUGUUCUCUCAAGAUGGUUCCAAGUUACUUUCACCGGUAGGUAAUAGGGUGUCGGUAUUUGAUUUGAUCAACAAUACUGCUUUUACCUUCGAAUAUGAACAUAGGAAGAACGUUGCCGUUGUAGAUAUCAACAAGCAAGGUACGUUACUUCUUUCCAUUGAUGUCGAUGGUCGUGGUAUCUUGGCGAACUUUAAGACAAGAAACGUAUUGCAUCAUUUCAACUUCAAAGAAAAGGUUUAUGACUUGAAGUUUUCACCUGAUGGCAAGUUAUUUGCGCUGGCUUGUGGGAGAUUCUUACAAAUAUGGAGGACACCCGAGACCACUGAGGAUAGACAGUUUGCACCUUUUGUUCGUUAUAGAAUCCAUGCCGGCCACUUUUCUGAUAUAACUUCCUUGACAUGGUCAAAAGAUUCAAGAUUUAUUAUAUCCACAUCCAAGGACCUAACGGCAAGGAUAUGGUCAGUUAACUCGGAGGAGAAAAAUCUUGCAUCGACGACUUUUGCAGGACAUAGAGAUAACGUUAUCGGAGCAUAUUUCAGCGAUGACCAGGAAAAGAUAUACACGGUCAGUAAAGAUGGUGCCUUAUUCCAAUGGGAAUACACCAAAAAGCCUGGUGAAGGGGAAGACAAUGAUGAAGAUGAGGAAGAUGUAGAUUUGUCAAAAUAUAGUUGGAGAAUCACAAAGAAGAAUUUUUUCCAUGCAAACAGAGCAAAGGUGAAGUGUUCUGCAUUCCAUGCUGCAUCCAACAUAUUAACAGUCGGUUUCUCAAACGGUGAAUUCCGACUCUAUGAACUGCCAGAAUUCAUCAUGAUUCAACAACUUUCAAUGGGUCAAAAUGCAGUUAAUACGGUUGCCAUCAACAGUUCUGGUGAAUGGUUGGCUUUCGGUUCUAGUAAACUUGGGCAAUUGAUAGUGUACGAAUGGCAAUCAGAGUCAUAUAUUCUAAAACAACAAGGUCAUUUCGAUACGUUAAAUGGAUUGUGUUACUCCCCAGAUGGAUCGAAGAUUGUCACAGCAAGUCACGAAGGUAAGAUCAAGAUUUGGGAUGUCGCGUCAGGUUUCUGUUUGGCAACUUUUGAUGAACAUGCAGGUGGUGUAAGUGCAGUAGAAUUUGCUAAAAAAGGUCAAGUUUUGUUUUCAGCUUCUUUGGAUGGUACCGUGAAAGCAUGGGACUUGAUCAGAUAUCGUAAUUUCAGAACGUUCACUGCGACCGAAAGAAUACAGUUCAACUCAUUAGCAGUUGAUCCAAGCGGAGAAGUUGUAUGUGCCGGGUCGGAAGAUAGCUUUGACAUUUUUGUUUGGUCAGUACAGACUGGUCAGUUAGUGGAUACACUAUCUGGCCAUGAAGGUCCUAUCUCCUGUUUAUCUUUCAGUAAUGAGAAUGGAGUUUUGGCAUCCGCUUCAUGGGAUAAAACAAUUAGAGUGUGGUCUCUCUUCGGUAGAAGUCAACAGGUAGAGCCUUUUGAAGUAUUUUCUGAUGUUUUAUCUAUUUCUAUGAAACCGGAUGGUCAACAAAUAGCUGCAAGUACUCUAGCGGGGCAAAUAUUAUUCUUUGAUGUUGCUGAGGGCAAACAGGUGGGAAAUAUUGACGGCAAAAGGGAUAUAAUCUCGGGUAGACAUUUGGAAGAUCGGUUCACAUCAGAAAGUUCAGCAAGAUCUAAAUAUUUUACCACCAUUCAUUACAGUUUCGAUGGUCUCUCUUUGGUUGCAGCCGGUAACAAUAAUUCCAUAUGUCUUUAUGACAUUCCAAACGAAGUACUGCUAAGAAGAUUUACCGUAUCCAAAAACAUGAUGUUAAACGGCACCAUGGAGUUUUUAAACUCAAGUAGAAUGACAGAAGCAGGAUCUUUGGAUCUCAUUGAUCAAGAUGCAGAAAAUUCAGACUUGGAAGAUCGCGUAGAUAACAGCCUUCCUGGUUCGAAUAGAGGAGGUGACUUAUCGACAAGAAGAGUCAGACCGGCGAUCAGAGUGACGUCUAUAAGAUUCUCUCCUACUGCUAAUGCAUUUGCCGCCGGUUCAACAGAAGGUUUACUUGUAUAUUCCGUUGAUAAUACUAUUCUUUUUGAUCCUUUCGAUCUUGACGUCGAUGUGACUCCACAGAAUGUUAUCCAAAGCUUAGAUGACAAGGAAUAUCUCAAUGCCAUACUAAUGGCUUUCCGUCUAAAUGAGGGCUAUCUAAUCCACAGAGUAUAUGAGAAUAUUCCAAUAAAGGAUAUUCCAUUGAUAGCUCACGAGUUGCCAGUGGUUUACGUAUCAAGAAUUCUAAAAUUCAUUGGUGAGUACGCUUUAGAAUCACAGCAUUUGGAGUUCAAUCUCCUUUGGAUCAAAUCUGUACUUACAGCCCACGGCAAAUACAUUUCUACUAAUAAGCAUCAAUUCUCUAGCGCAUUGAGAGCUGUCCAAAGAUUUAUUGGUAGAAUGGCAAAUGACGUCGUCCAAACAUACAAGAGAAAUAAGUACACAUUAGACUUUUUGACAAAUACCGAUGGUUCUUCAACUAACGCUGUUGACGAGGAUAUGAAUCUACUGGGCAAUGAUUCAGACAACGAAUCUGAAGACAAAGAGGAUAUCAACAUGGACGACGAUUUAGAUGGAGGUGAAUGGGUUGGAUUCGAGGAAAAAACUAUUAAUCUUCCUGUUAAUGACGAAGAUUCUGACGACGAAAUCCUACUAUGA